UGCCCUUAUUCUGCAUCUUCAGGACAGACAAACACGCAAAGCGUCUCUGCUAGUCUGGAACUGAAUGAUCCAGAGUGCUCUUCUUUCUCAAAUUCCUCAAGCGCUCUGAUUCAUUCUCAUAUCUCUCUGAUCUUUGGAUCGAAUCUCUCCCCCGCAAUUAUCGACCAUACGGUGAAAGAUAAUGUCGACUUGAUAUUUGAUAUCCUUCUUAUACAUUGGCCACAAAUGACAAAACCUAUGAUACCUGGACUCGGGUACGGGUGUUGGUUAUGGGUACACAUCCAUGUGUCCAGUUCUUCAAAUUGAAAGCUGCCAUAGGAGGCAAGAAAGCUGGAAGCCUGGAGCUGACUGGAAAAAGAUGCAGAGCAGUAACCCAAAUGGAGAAGGGAAGUUUCAAGUUCGAAAAUUAGAGAUAUCAGACCAGAGCAAGGGCUUCAUAGAGCCAUUGCAGCAACUAAGUGUGUGUGAUUCGGUGUCUAACAAGGAAUUCGAAGAACGAUUUCAAGAGCUUAGCUCCUAUGGCGAUGACCAUCUUAUCUGCGUAAUUGAAGAUGAUCUGUCUGGGAAGAUUAUUGCGAGUGGGAGCAUAUUCAUCGAAAAGAAGUUCCUGAGGAAUUGUGGCAAAGUUGGGCACAUUGAAGAUGUUGUGGUCGAUGCCAACGAACGAAGGUUGCAAUUAGGGAAGCGGGUUGUUGAGUUCCUCACUGAGCAUGCCCAUGGAUUAGGCUGUUAUAAAGUGAUUCUUGAUUGCGGUCUUGAGAACAAAGCAUUUUAUGAGAAAUGUGGCUUUAAACAGAAAGAAAUUCAGAUGGUGAAGUAUUUCAUUUGAGGAGUAAAAUCCUUCUUGGUUUUGACAUGUAUGCUUUACAGCAAUUCUUAUAAAAAUGGAGUCUCUCUUCGGUUCUUGUGUU